AUGUGUCAUGAAUUUGAGGUGGUGAUGAAGAGUAAGUUUGAGAUGAGUGCAAUGGAUGAGUUAUCAUUCUUCUUGGGGUUGCAAGUUGAACAGAAGAAGGAUGGGAUCUUUAUUCAUCAAAUGAAGUAUGUUUAUGACAUUUUGACUCGUUUCAAGAUAAAGGAUUGCACAACUUUCAAUACACCCAUUUGUAAAAAUCACAAUAUUGGUCUAGAUGCUGAGAGUGUGGAGGAUGUCGAUCCAACUCUAUAUAGGGCCAUGAGUGCAUCGUUGAUGUAUCUUACUACUUCGAGACCAGACAUUACGUUCACCGUAUGUAUGUGUGCUACAUAUCAAGCAAAUCCGAAGGAGUCGCAUAUGAAGGCGGUGAAGCGAAUUCUAAGUUACUUGAAGGGAAAACCUAAGUUUGGGUUAUGGAACCCUGCUGAUAGUGACUUGGAGUUUAUUGCAUACAGUGAUUCAGAAUUCGAAGGAUGUAGAUCAACCAGAAAAUCUACCACAGGUGGUUGUCAAUUCUUAGGGGGAAGACUUGUGUCAUGGCAGUGUAAGAAACAAGCCUGCGUGUCUACGUCUUCGUGUGAAGCUGAAUACAUUGCUGCAGAAAAAUACAAAAAUCCAAAAAGAUUUUCUACUUCUUUAAAAUUCUUAGCGUACGGAAAAUGGUUGUACGUGGAGGAAAUGUUACCGAAAGGGGGAUCUGGUGUUAGAAUUUGA